AUGCCUACUCCCGGAGAGAUCCGGCGAAUGUCGGUGGAUCUCCCCAAAGAAGAUACAUAUAUCGUUACCAGUGCCAUAACUAUUGACGCACCUCUGGAUUUUGUCUGGCAGAACCUGCCCAAAAAUAUCGAUUUCAGCCAAGUGAUGCAGCCUUAUCGCUGGUUGCCGGGGGCACGGUCAUGGGAGACAUCCGAAAACUUCAACGAAACGGGCUCCAAUAUCAAGUAUACUAUGACAGACAACAGUAAGAUUGAGGAGAUCGUCAUUAAGCGAGAUGCAUCCUCUCACCACUACGUCUAUGCCUGCUUGCCGCCGAUAACGGGUUUUGAUUUCUGGCAAGGUAACUUGUUCUAUGAAGAUGCCGGAAACGGAAAGACGACUGUGGUCUGGCGGUACUGGCUGAAGCCAAAUGACAACUUUCUCAGCAAAAUUGUCGUUGCACGCCUUCUCAAACUCUUUAUUUGGAAAGGUUACACUGCUAAGGUCGCCUCGGGUAUGAAGUCUGAAAUCGAGAGAUUAUAUAACCGCACAAAUAAAUGA